GUUUCACGUUUGCCGUCGGACCGAUUAUUUUCUUUGUGUCCCAGUUAACCAUUUGCGACGCGUCCACUACUAAAGUAUACGUGUAAAUUGUAAUUCAUAAUACAUAAUCCGUUAUCGAUGAUGCGAAAUUCCCUUCUCUCUCGCGGAGAAGAUCCCCUUCGUCUUCUUUAUCAUCACCUCAAUGUUCAGAUGAUUUCGCCGCCACCCUUAAAUCCUGCCAAUCUUCCUGCUACCAUCGAUAUGAAGGCCCUAAGCGAGAAUAAUCUCCCUACACACCUUCUCGUGUUAUUCCCUCCCAGGCGACCACCAAUGCUCAUCCCAAUAGACGCUGACCGUUAUAAUCACGGGUUCCGAGCUGAACUCGUAUCGCUCUCAUCUACGCACCCAGCGCCAUACCGGUCUGCAUCCAACGAACUGCGUAUAGCACUACCUCUUACUUCCCCGGUUACAAUCGUACCCCACACUCCUUCUCUUGCGCUCCUUCUCCUCUUCGGCAUGGGCCUAGAAACAUACCAUAACGACUUGGCGUAUCGUAUGCUUCCAGCUUCGGUCGUGGAUGAGUUCCCGAACGCCGCGGCCAUGGCACAAGUCAUGAGCCUUUUUGGUGACGAAGAAUUUGACAGACGGUUACAAUUUAAUAUGGGACUCUGGAGGAACAUAUUGGGUUUGGGUAUCAGGGAUACCAAAAUCGCGGAAUUGGUGCGCACAGCCGUAGGGGUCACCUCAGAAGCGAGGAAAUUAAGGGCGCGUGGAUGAGCAUACUAAAGUGCCUUUCCCUUCAUUGUU